AUGAAGGCCCUGCUGCUGCUGGCAAUGAUCAUGGCCUUUGGCUUGUGGGAGGCCCAUGGCAAUCUUCUGAAUUUCCGGAAAAUGAUCAAGUUCACGACGGGAAAAGAACCUUCAACCACUUACGGUUUCUAUGGCUGCUACUGUGGCCUGGGUGGCACAGGAACCCCCCUGGAUGCGACAGAUCGGUGCUGUGCUGCCCAUGACUGUUGCUACACCCGCCUGGAGAACCGUGGCUGUGGCACCAAACUCCUGAACUACCACUACAGCCUCAGCGGGAACACCAUCACCUGUGAAGACACAGACUACUGCCGGAGUCAGCUGUGUCAGUGCGACAGGACCGCUGCCUACUGCUUUGCUGCCAACCAGAAUACCUAUAACAAGAAGUACGAGUACUAUUCCAACAGCCGCUGCUCCCAAGUCAAGCAGACUUGCUGA